AUGGCUGCUCUUGCUCUUCUGCAUUUCCCGCCUCGGAACAUCGGUGAGGUCAAGGUGACCUGGGCCACACCGCUGUGGGGUGGCAAGGACAACUGCCACAAUUACCAGUACGGCAACGCCAUCAAGAUGGCCAACUGCUACCAGGGGAGCUUCCAGUGCAACUUCUUCUACAACAAGGACUACACGGGCGCGUCGACGAAGCUCUUCUACAACGGGCAGUGCGUCGGCGGCGCGCAGCAGCUCAAGUCGUUUGCGUGCUACUACUAUGUACAAGUAGUUUUGGGUGGUGGUCUGGAAAAUGUAUAG